UCUUUGAACAUGUAAAUUUUCCGACGUCUAUACGACUGUCCGUACCGCAGGUACACGACAGUGAUAGUUUCACCGACUUAUAAUAUGUCGGUCACGAUUGUACAAGUGUCGAUAAGGUGAACACAUGUACAAUCGAUAACGCUGAACACUAAAUUGUUAAACAUGGACUGAAGUUAUUAAAAGCUACGUUUAUGUUUUUCAAAGAUCAAGGAAUAACAUUAAAUGAAUUACUUUCAAAUUGAACAUAUCUGGAAGAUUUAUAGAAGAGUACAGUAUAUCAGGCGUACCCCACCUGUAUUCCAGGUAGACUCGUCCUAAAAGGUAAAUAAAGAAUUAACCAAUCACGUCCUAUCAUGUCAUUCUCUAUUCACGUGCUUGUCUACCAAAAUACACACUAUAACGUACGAUAUCUUCACUUAUCCAAUAAACAGAAAUGCAUGAUAAAUAAAAUCGGUGAAUGGAGAAUCGAAAUUGAUUUUCAUUAUUGAACGUCUCUGCAUUGAAACACAUCAUCUAUAUUACAGACGUUCCUGAACUGCUGUAACAGUAAAAUCGGAUACGAAGUGAAAAUCGGAUAUAGAAGAUAUAAAGUAGAACAUAAAUAUAAACUGGACCGAAAAUAGAUAUAGGACUUAAAAAGGAAUGAUAUACAAGACACUAACGCACGAUGAGGUUGAAGCGUUGAAGAGAGAACUUGAAAACCGUCUUCCAGGAACGGCUAAGAUUUUCUAUGUUAUACGUAGUUUCCUUGCGGGACUGUUACCUGGGAAGGAGGUGAUUGUGGACAGCUGGCCGGAGUGGUCAUCGGUUGUAGUGAGAACAUGCUCAGAGGAAAAGGCGCAGCCAUUUUUCCGACAUACUUAUAUGUGUCACGCGCGAAGCACGAGCGCCCUCAAGUACUUCCUGCAGAGGCCGGACGUUGUCAACUGGAGAAAACCGGCAACUUUUACAGGUGUACCACGUGACGUCGCUCCUGUAAUUUCUGCUAUGUGUAACAAACAUAUGGGGCGUAUCACCACACUCGAACCCAGGUUCAUGUAUGCUUGGACAAAACAAGAGCUACCCACUGAACAACCGAUACCGGUGGGUCUGCAUCUCGGUAAACUUCAUCCCGAGGAUGCCGUUACGUUACGCUGUGACUGGGAGGGAUGCCGUUACCGUGACGAUCUCGAGGGCUACUUUCGAACUGUUAUAGAACAUUAUGAGAGCAGUUGCCUUCGUGAUGACAAUGGCGAUCUUCUGGCAUACGCGUGCAUGCAGUUCAAUGGUUCGAUUGCUAUGUUGUAUGUUAAACCUGAACAUCGUGAUAAAGAGUACUUUAAAAUCGUGCUGUCUGAUCUGGCACGUAAUCGUUUAAGUAAAAAAGAGGUGGCCUACGGAUUUAUACCAACAAAUGACUCGGAAUUGGUUGAUCAAAUGCGGGCGAUGGAUUUUGUGUGGGUACCAAGAGGAGAUAUGGUAUGGAUGAGCUACGAGCCCCUAAGGAUCAACCGUUCUAAUUCCCCCGACGCCAUGCAAGCAACAAGUCAAAAUACAACGGAUGACGACAAAGCCAAGUCCCUGGAUUGCGUUUGUUCCGAUAUGGCAAAAUUCUCAAAAACAUUCGAGAACUGUCGGUAUGCGUGUAAUGCCGAGAGCCAGAAUCCACGUGCCAAAAAUAACACUCAGUCGGAAAUGUCGACGCUGGUUCCACAAACGUCUUGACGUGAUGACGUCAUAGAUACAACAUGGGUUGAACUCCGGGUCCAAGCUUAAUCAAAACUGCUUCAAAAAGCUGAUCGGCUGCUAUUGCCUUUUUGGAUACGGUUUAAAUGAGGGAUGUUUUGAAAAAGGGGUAGUGCUUGCUUUUUUUACACUUUUAUUUCUCACAGACAUUUUCAGCAAUAUUGUUCAAGUUGCUGUUUCCUUGAUUAGUAAUAGAGCCCUUAUAAACUUGGAUUCACGUCAAAAUUCCGCACUAAAGGCAUAUUUUCUUACAGGUUUAGUUACUAAAUUUGAGACACAUGACAAAAGCAUUUAGAAAACUAGUUCAGAAAAAGAAUUUGCUGUCUUUUAUUUCAUCUUAGCUGUAGUGCACGUGUUUUCAAAGAAUUAGUGCAUAAACGUUGUUCUCUGCAACAAACAGCAUUAAUAUUAGAAAAUUUACACAUGCGUUGGCGUUUUAGGCCAUGCCUUUUUUAGCUCGACUAUUCGAAGAAUAGU